AUGGAGCCCUCGCCUCUUGAGCUACCAGUUGAUGCAGUGCGGCGCAUCGCGGCUGAACUCAAUUGUGACCCAACCGAUGAGAGGGUGGCUCUCCGCUUGGAUGAGGAAGAUAAACUGAAGCGUUUUAAGGACUGUUUUUAUAUCCCCAAAAUGCGGGACCUGCCUUCAAUUGAUCUAUCUUUAGUGAAUGAGGAUGAUAAUGCCAUUUAUUUCCUGGGAAAUUCCCUUGGCCUUUAACCGAAGAUGGUUAAAACAUACCUGGAGGAAGAGCUAGAUAAGUGGGCCAAAAUAGGAGCCAAUGGCCAUGAGGUAGGGAAACGUCCUUGGAUUAUAGGAGAUGAGAGCAUUGUAAGCCUUAUGAAGGACAUUGUAGGAGCCCAUGAGAAAGAAAUAGCUCUAAUGAAUGCUUUGACUGUUAAUUUACAUCUCCUGCUGUUAUCAUUCUUUAAGCCUACACCAAAGCGGCACAAAAUUCUUCUAGAAGCCAAAGCCUUCCCUUCUGAUCAUUAUGCGAUCGAGUCACAGAUUCAACUUCACGGACUUGAUGUUGAGAAAAGUAUGCGGAUGAUAAAGCCACGAGAGGGGGAAGAGACCUUAAGAAUGGAGGACAUACUGGAAGUAAUUGAGAAGGAAGGAGACUCAAUUGCUGUGGUCCUGUUCAGUGGCCUGCACUUUUAUACUGGACAGCUGUUCAACAUUCCUGCCAUUACACAAGCCGGACAUGCAAAGGGCUGUUUUGUUGGCUUUGACCUAGCGCAUGCGGUUGGAAAUGUUGAACUCCACUUACAUGACUGGGAUGUUGACUUUGCCUGCUGGUGCUCCUACAAGUAUUUAAAUUCAGGAGCUGGAGGUCUGGCUGGUGCCUUCAUCCAUGAGAAACACGCUCACACGAUCAAGCCGGCGUUAGUGGGAUGGUUCGGCCAUGAACUCAGUACAAGAUUUGACAUGGAUAACAAACUACAAUUAAUCCCCGGGGUCAAUGGAUUCCGAAUUUCCAACCCCCCCAUUCUGUUGGUCUGCUCCUUGCAUGCCAGUUUAGAGAUCUUUCAGCAAGCAACUAUGACUGCGCUGAGGAGAAAAUCCAUUCUGCUGACAGGUUAUCUGGAAUACUUGCUCAAACAUUACCAUGGUGGAAAUGACACAGAAAACAAGAGGCCGGUUGUGAACAUAAUCACCCCAUCCAGAGCAGAGGAACGAGGCUGCCAGCUGACACUGACCUUUUCCAUUUCCAAGAAAGGCAUUUUUAAGGAACUAGAAAAAAGAGGAGUUGUUUGUGACAAGCGAGAACCAGAAGGCAUCCGGGUGGCCCCGGUUCCUCUCUAUAAUUCUUUCCAUGACGUUUAUAAGUUCAUCAGACUGCUUACUGCCAUACUCAACUCUACAGAGAGAAACUAG